AUGACACUGGGGGACGGUAAGAGGUCCCAUCUCUCCCCCCAGAUGAACCCCUGUCGAUACCCCGCAUUCCGGCUCAGCACUAACCUAGAGCCUGUGUCCACCAAGCUUCAAAGUCGGGUUGAACCCCCAUCGUCUUCGUGCCAGUGCAUGCUCUCAAACAUGAAUAUGGCGGACUCCAUGGAACCACCAGCAACGACGAGCCCGGCGCCGGCCGCCAUGGCCAUCAAGCGCAUCCGUCAGGCUUGCACGACCUGCCGCCAGAAGAAGGUCAAAUGCUCCGGCGAUCGGCCGCGAUGCGUCAAUUGCCGCCGGGCUAUGCAGCGGUGUCAGUACGAGCCCUACUCGGUAGCCUCGGCCUCCCUCUCAAGGAACUCUGCGGCGGCGCUUCUGGGCCUUACAAACGAUGUGAUUUCCCAAAUGAGGUUCUAA